AUGUCUCGAUUUAUUGGCGAACAAGUACGACGUGUUAAACAGACGAUUGAAAAAUUACAUAUUCAACCGUCGGAUGAUAGUCCUGAGAAUACAUUAACUCGAGAUUAUGGUUUUCUCAAAUUCAAUGAACAAGAAAUAGAUUCAACUACACGUCUUUCACAAUAUAUUCGUUUAGCUCUUAACACAGAUCCCGGAACAGUCAUUCAAUUUAUGAAAAAAGCUUGGAAUUUACGUACACCUGAUUUAAUUAUUUCAAUAACUGGUGGUGCUAAACAUUGUGAACUUGCAGCACGACUUAAAAAAAAUUUUCAAAUUGGUUUAGUUUCUGCUGCUGCAACUACAAAUGCAUGGAUAAUUACUGCUGGAACAAAUGCUGGUGUUGUUCAAGAAGUUGGUGAAGCACUUAAUAAUUAUCGUUAUAAAAAUCAAAAAGAUGGUGUUGAUAUACCUUGUAUUGGCAUUGGUAGUUGGGGUUAUACAGCAAGAAAUGAACUUUUUUUGAUGGACUAUAUGGUUCAUCUAUAUCAGUUUUAUUAUUUCCAUCCAUUAAACCUGAAGCAUGAUCAAGUAGUUCAUUUCAAUUUUGGUAUUGAUGCUCUUCAAAUGGUUGGAGAAUCAGUAUACGGAAUAAAAACAUAUAUAGUUCCGCAAAAACAAGAAAAAAGAUGUGAAUUAGAAUCAAAUCAUACACAUUUUUUAUUAUUUGAUGAUGGUCUAGUUAAACCUGAAAAUGUUCUUCCAUUACGAGCUGAUAUAGAAGUGAAUUUAAGACGUUUAAAUAUUGAACAAACAAUAGAAGGUGCUGUACAUACACUUAUACCUAUUGUUAUGGUUUUAGUAGAAGGUGGUCGAUCAUCAAUUAAAACUGUAUGUGAAGCACUUGAUGCAAAUACUCCAGUUGUCGUUGUUAAAGGAUCUGGUCGUGCUGCUGAUCUUGUAGCUGAGUUACACAUAUGUUAUUCUAAAAUUUUUAACGAUUCUAACGUGGAUAAUGAUAAUGAUAAUGAUCAUAAAUCUACACAUCAAACAGGUUUUGUAGCAGCUAGUUUACGUUUAACUGAAAUUAAUUCUAUAUUUGCAAAAGCAAAAUUACAUAAUACAUGGAUCGAUACUAUUAGAGAUGAUCUAUGUCGUAUGUUAAGUGAACGUUCACAACUUGUAACAAUAUUUGAUUUUGAUAAUGAAACUCAACAUGGUAAACUUGAAGAUGCUAUACUUGAAGCUGUAUUUAAUGCUGCAAAAUAUUAUCAUCAAACUAAUGAUCAACAUCGAUCAGCAGCUGAAUUAAAAUUAGCUUCAGCUUGGCACAAUGUUGAAUAUGCACGUCGAGCUAUAUUUACCGAUUUAAAUAUAUCAAAAUGGAGUAAUGAAGAUCUCCGUCAAGGUUUAGUCGAUGCACUUUCUCGUGGUUAUAUUGAUUUUAUUGAACUUUUCAUUGAAUAUGGUAUAACACUUGAAAAAUUAACUAUCAAAGAUCUUGAUUAUUUAUAUUCAACUGCAUAUAUCGAUAAAGUAUUACCAUUGAAAAAGAUCAAAUAUACUGUACCAACACGAGAUGAUUUUUAUGCAGUCUAUAUGAGAAAUUAUAUUGAAGUGUACAAUGAUAAGAAUGUACCAUUGGGUGAUCAUGCAUUACGUGAUUUAUUUUUUUGGGCUAUAUUUCUUGAUCGAUUUGAUUUAGCAUUAUAUCUUUGUUCAAAAACAUGGAAUCAAUCAGUUGCACCAUUAUUUGGUGCACGUAUCUAUGCAAAAGCAGCUGCUAUGACACUUGAUUCUGAAACUAAACAAUUAUAUAAACAUAAUGCUGAAAAACUUGAUAAAUAUGCUGCAUCACUUGUUGAUCGAUGUUUUGAAUGUGAUAGAGAUUUUGCUGUUAACAUUUUAAAACGACCUGCUAUAGCAUUUUUUAAUGUACUUCCACUUAAAUUAGCAUUAAAAGCAAAUUGUCGAGCAUUUCUUGCUUCAAAAUGUGUUCAACGAUAUCUUGAUAAUGAAUGGUUUGGAAAUAUUAAUUACAAACGACAAAAUAUUAAUUUUCGAAUCUUUCUAUGUUCCGUAUUUUUUCCAUUGAUACCAUUCUUUUGUCAUACAUUACCUUACAUACAUCGACAUCAACCGUACAAUCCAAAUGCUGUUGUUCGUUCUAGAAAUCCAAAUUCAUCUACACAUCCUAGGACUGCAAGUAAUGUUCGAUGGACUGAAAAAAUAGUUUAUUUUUAUAAAGCACCCAUUGUAAGAUUCUAUUAUAAUCUUAUAUUUUUCUUCGUUUUUCUUGGUUUAUUCAGUUUUGUUCUUCUUGUUGAUUAUUUUCCUUUGAAUGUAUAUAAUGGAACUCGCUCAGGCAUUCGAGGCUUACCUUUACCAAUUACUGAAAUUUGUCUUCAUGUUUGUAUAUGGGGAAUAAUUAUUGAAGAACUACGACAAUUUUUUCUUAUGCAUUCAUAUGAUGAAUAUUUGGAUGAAAUAUCUAAUAUAAUUGAUAUGACUGCAAUUAUACUUUAUAUAAUUGGUUUUAUAACAAGAUUUGUAGUUAUUGAAGGAUUUUUUACAUUUUCAAAAAUUAUUUUUGGUCUUGAUCUUAUCCUUUGGUAUAUAAGAAUUCUUCAUUUAUUUGCUGCUUAUGAACGAUUGGGUCCCAAGUUAAUUAUGAUAUUUAAUACAAUGAAAGAUUUACUUUUUUUUGUAUGUUUUAUUCUUAUAUUUCUUUUUGGUUUUUCUAUAACAUCAUGGUCAUUAAUAAUAACAUCAUCUCAAGUUCAAUGGAUUUAUGAUAAGCGUGGAGAUCUAUUAAACGUAACCGUAUCAGAGAAUGGUACACAUGGAUGGAAUUGGAAGCUAUUACGAGAUGUAACAAAUUAUGGUGUUUGGAAAGUUUUUGGACAAGUUGAUGAAAUAGAAAGUGACAAUUCAUAUUCUGCAGUCGCAUUUAUUUUGGCUAUUCUGUUUGUUGCAAUAUCGAAUGUACUUCUUCUCAAUGUUCUUGUCGCUUUAUUCAAUGUAACUAUUGAAAAUGUUCAAGAUCAAUCACAUGAUAUUUGGCGUUAUCAACGUUUUCUAUUAGUUAAUGAAUUUCGACAAAAAAGUUUAUUACCACCACCAUUUAAUACAUUAUAUUGUCUUAUUAAUGCUAUCGUGCGUUUUAUUGCACAUCGUCAAAAACGAUAUCGAAAUCAUAGACUUAUACCGGAUGAAAAAUUAACAGUCGAUAUUAUUGAAACAGGCGAUGGUUUAACGGUGCCACGCCUUAAAAUUACUGAUUCCAUGAAACGUGAAAAUGCAAUAGUAGAAGAUUUUUGGCGAGAUUUAUUAAAACAAAUGGAAGAAAAAAAAAACAAAUUAAAAUAUGAUAUCUUGUGA